AUGGGCGUCAUCCUGAACCUCAGCGUGUAUGGUCUCAUGAUCAUUCCGCUGGUUGCCAUGGUGAAGGCGCACAAUCUCUCUCUCAGAAAGCUGUCAAAACUGAGCAUUGUGAUGGCUGCAGUUCAGCUAGCCCAGUCCACCAUUGCCAUGGCGGUGCCGCCCGAUAUAAUGGGGGUGCAGGUCAGCGUGCAGGGUGCGCUUCUGCCGCUGGUGACAGUUGUGUUUUGUUUCUUCACGUUGAAUGACACGAAGGCCGCAAAAGUGAUGCACCUGCACGACUGUGGGGACGGCGAUGUAGGCGCGGCGGUGGCGACGUUAUGGUGCCUGUGCUACACGGUGCUCUUCCGCUGGUUCCCGUGGUACCACUCGUUGGCCAGCCGCGGCUUCGAAGCGGCGAAUCUGGUGAGCGGGGCCGAGGCCUACCUCACCCUUGUCACGAUGCUUGCCAUGUGUCGAAGCUUCACUACCGGGAGUUUGACGGCGGCGAUGGCUGCGUGGGUCCUGCACGUCGUUGGGGCCCUUGCUGGUGCCGUGGCAGGCCUGCCGGUUGUGGGCACUGCCCUGACGGCUGCCUUGAUGACAGCCGUUUCGGCCACCGUUUUCUGUGCCCCGGCGGAGAGAAAGAAGAUGAAGGAGUAG